UGUUAAGAAAAAGCGCAAGCAAAUUGGUUCUUUCGGUGACAUUUUUGCAAUUUAUUCAGCUUUUUCCGGAAAACUCGUGAUGGAAACUAGUGAAAAUGAUUCGGCAAGUGUCGAAACAACCACGCAGCCUACGGGAGAAGUGGACACAGAGCCAGCGGAUGUCGAAAUGGAGGAUAUUGAAGCACCCUCAGUCGUACCCAUAGCAGCGCAGCAGCAGCAACAAGAACAGCCGCAAAGCAGCGAUGUUCCUGAGGUGGAAAAUGAUCCGGUCACACCGGCGGUGCAAGUUGUGGCAGAACCAAAAGAAAAAGUGCCCCUGCUGGCCAAUCCACCAUCCCUGUUGCGGGGUAUGGCUCCAAAUUUCGUUAGAGGCAUUGCUCCUAGUGUUGGCACACCUGGCAGCAUCCCCGGGCUUGUUCCCGGAAAUGCAAUGCAUGCACCUCCUCCAUUGCUUGCCACUCCCCCGGUUCAGACACAGGAACUGUGGGUAGAAACGAAAACCGCCGAAGGAAAGUCAUAUUACUACCAUGCAUUAACGCGUGAGACGACUUGGACUCGUCCGGAAGGACCGAAUAUUAAAGUGCUGUCGCAAGCGGAAGUAGAAGCCAUGAACAAACCACAAACGCCUCAACCCAAACCGUUACUUGAGCUCAAACUAGAGCAGCCGAUUCCAAGUUUGAUGGGUGUUUCAGUGGGAAAUAUCGUGCCUACUACCGCUAUUCCGACAGCUGUUACAGCGGCUUCAGUUCAUCGUUUUUCCGGGCCACCGCCAGCGUUUAUGGGGGGAAUGCCACCGUUUGGAAUGCCUCCACCUUCUUUUCCCAAUUUUCCACCUUGGAAUCAAGCAGCUGCUGUUGCAGCUGCCGCCGCAGGUGGAGGCCCGGGCCAAUGGCCACCGGGUAUGUCUCCGUUAAUGGAUCCGGCAAAGGCCAUUGCUGAGAUUAAGACGAACGAAAUCGAUCCUACUAUCGCGGCUAAAGCCAUAGCGUGGACAGAGCAUAAGGCUCCCGAUGGUAGACCGUAUUAUUAUAAUGCGUCCAAGGGCGAGAGCGUCUGGGAGAAACCGCAGGCAAUCAAAGAUAUGGAAAUGGCAAAAUUGGCACUGUACAACGCUCGACAGAAACCGAAAGCAAUUCCUCCUUUCAUCGCACCACCGAUUCCACCGCAGAUGCCUAUUAUACCACCACUCCAGAGCAGUCUAGUGCAGGGAGCCGGAAUGCCCGGUCAGAUUGGCGGAGGCGUAAAGAUUCAACAAUUCCCAACUCAACUAACUCAGGUGUCCACACCUGGCGGUGCUCCGAUCCGGCUGCAUCAAAUCAGUGGGGCCCCGGGAAUGGUCUUCGACCAGAUUAAUUUUAUGGCAAACAAUAAGAAUGAAAAGCAAGAGGAAGAGAAGAAGAAAAAAGCCGAAGCCGAGAAAAAGAAGAAAGAAGAAGAAGAGAAAGCUAAAGCGGCUAAGCCGCUGGACAAAAGUCGCCCGAUAUCAAGCACUCCCAUCAGUGGAACACCGUGGUGUGUCGUUUGGACAGGGGAUGGUCGGGUGUUCUUCUACAAUCCAUCAUCGCGGACAUCGGUCUGGGAGCGUCCGGAAGAUCUGAAGGAGCGAGCCGAUGUCGACAAGGCCAUUUCCGUACCACCGCAGCAACUGUUGGGAACUCUUCCAAAAGAAACCGAGGUGAUAAAACCUGCGAUUUUGGAACCUGCUGAAAAACAGUCGGACUCGGAAUCAAGUACCGAAGAAAGUGAAGAGGUUCCCAGCAAAAAGUUUAAAACCGAUGUUGAAGCGGCCAUCAAGACGUCGCAAUCGGCUGCUGCGGCCGCCAGUAUCAAGGGAACCACCGAUCCUGAGAAAGAGGCACUUGCCAUGGAAGCCGAAGUUCGAGCAUCCAGGGAGCGCGCUCUGGUGCCGUUGGAUGUGCGGAUGAAAUCGUUCAAGGAAAUGCUGAAGGAGAAGGAAGUUUCGGCAUUCAGUACCUGGGAGAAGGAACUGCAUAAGAUCGUGUUCGAUCCGCGGUAUCUACUUCUAACGUCCAAGGAAAGGAAGCAGGUGUUCGAGAAGUACGUCAAGGACCGGGCCGAGGAAGAGCGCAAGGAGAAGAAGAACAAGAUGAAACAAAAGCGAGAGGAGUUUCGGUCUCUGCUGGAAGCGGCCCACUUACAUGCCAAAUCAUCAUUCAGUGAAUUUGCUCAGAAAUACGGCAAGGACGAUCGCUUCAAAGUGAUCGAGAAGAUACGGGAACGUGAAAGCCUCUUCAACGAGUUUAUCGUUGAAGUUCGCAAACGGGAGAAGGAGGAUAAGCAGAAUAGAAAGGAACAGAUUCGAAAGGACUUUCUGGUGAUGCUUCGUGAGCACAGUGAAAUCACUCGGCAUUCCCGGUUCCACGAUGUUCGUAAACGGCUCGAAUCGGAUAGUCGCUAUCGUGCCAUCUCGGAUUCGCUCUUACGCGAAGAUCUUUUCGAAGAGCAUAUAAAAUAUUUGAAGGACGAAAAGAAGCGUGCCAAGGAGAAGGAACGCAAGCGACGCGAUCGACGGUCCAGCGAUCGUCGUGGUUCGUCCCGGGAUCGGACCGAAUCGAAGGAACGUGAUCAGGAGGACGGCGAGCACCCACAUACAUCGGACGACGAAGCGGAACGGCAGCAGAAGGAGCGCGAGAGAAGACUCCGCGCCGAGGCAAGUAUUAAAGAGCGUGAAAAAGAAGUCCAGCGUACGCUGGCUACCCAUCUUAGGGAUAGGGACAAGGGACGUCAACAGCAUCAACGGGACGAGGCUAUUCGUCACUUCAACGCCCUGUUGGCGGAUCUCGUUCGGAAUGCGGAUCUUACCUGGAAGGAAGUGAAAAAGCAGCUCAAAAAGGAUCAUCGCUGGGAACUGGUCGAACUUCUGGAUCGUGAGGAUCGCGAAGGUCUCUUCAAUCAACACAUCAACAAUCUGGCAAUGAGAAAGCGUGACAAAUUCCGCGAGAUGUUGGACGAAAUUUCAUCGCUGGAGCUGACCAGCCAAUGGAAGGAGAUCAAAAAAACGAUCCGCGAGGAUCCUCGCUAUCUGAAGUACAAUAGCAGCGAACGGUGCGAGCGGGAGUUCCGUGAGUACGUCAAGGACAAGACGAUGAACGCAAAGCUGUCGUUCCGUGAGCUGCUCAAAGAGUGCAAAUUUAUCACCCACAAAAGCUGGGACACGUAUCGGGAAAACGGGAACCAUUUGCGUGAAAUCGAGGACAUUUUGCGUAACGAUAAGCGCUAUCUGGUGUUGAACCACAUGCAUGCCGAUCGGACGCAGAUGAUUGUGGGGCAUUUGGAGGAUUUGCACAAGAAAGGACCACCGCCACCGCCGACGGCCAGCGAAUCUUCCCGGAGGAAGUAAAUGCAAGUAAGUGUGUGGUUUAUAUAUAAUAUUCUGUUUUCUAAACUAAAUGACUUGAAACUUAAACUAAAUUAAUGCUAACCGAAAACCGCGUACAUGCGGCUGGAGGUUUGCAAUUAGAUGGUAGGGCUAUUUUAUUCUUCUUUACUUAGCUUACUAAGCACACUAUCAUAUAUGAUUAAAGAAGGCGGUAAAUCGAAAUUGGACCUGACGCAGGUUGUUAACGCGUUUAGACGUAGAUAUGUUCAGCCAGGAAAAGAAAUGCGAAUAAACAAGCUUGUCGAAUUUUAGGCACAAGCGAUCCGUAGCAAAAA